UCGAAUCGUUUAAGGUUAUGUUUGUUCUGAAAAGCAAGCACGGCUUCCGCGAAAAGUAUCACUUCGAAAACAGACAAAAACAUCGAAGAAAUCGUCCAUGUUCAUUCGCGUAGAAUUUCGGGGGCACAAUGUUUCGUUUUGACUCGACCGUUGUCCUACGAAUGCUUGCUUGUUCGUCUCUUUCUCCUUUUUCUUCUCCUCUUCUUCCCUCUCUCACUCUUUCUCCCCCUCUCUACACUUCUCUGUUUAUUUUCCCUCUUUUCGUUCUCUGUUCAAUUGUAUAAAUGUUCAUAACACAUAUACACACGAAUUAUACAAACAGUGAAAAUAUAGGAACAACGCGUCAAUGAAGGCGUGAGAUUGGUUGACAGGCGGCGUCGUAGUCGUUUCUUAACGACACUAUGACUGUCAUCGACAUCGUCAUCAUUAUCGUCAUUGUAAUAAUAUUAAAAUUUGCAAUCGGAAAAUUCAUGUCGACGCUUCUGUCGAGACGCGAAGAGUGGGAGAAAGCGCGUUUACACGCAGCACGAGGAAGGGGGACGGCGCAAGAAGGGAGAGAGUAAAAAGAGAGGGAUAGAAAAAAGGAGGGAGAAAGAGAAAGAGACGCCGGUCUAACAUGGCAGACGAUGCCAUGCAGGCAGGAAAAAACAAGAUCUAACGUUUGAGCGUGUGAUAGACGGAAAGACAGUUGAGAUACACGUGAAUAGAGAAAGUAUUUAGUGCGUACUCACGUUUUCAUGUAUCAGUUUGCUGCGUUGCCCUUAACGUAAUUAAGAGAAAAAUAACGUGCAGAGAAGAGAGAAAACACCACGCGGGGUCACGCACUCCGUUCCGUGCGGGUCUCGUCAACGGAAAAACAACACCCGGCGUCCUUUUCCGUUUCUAUAUUCGUUGUCGAUUGACGGAACAGACAAAGUAAACCACCGGCACCACACAACAACAGCGCGUGUGUUACAAAGUGCGUCGCCUUCGCUUGUUGUUUUUGAUAAUGCAGGUGUUGCACGGGGCGUGGAAGGGUGCGCGGCACAUACAAACGUUUUACGCACGAGGAUCCUCUCUAACGAGGAGACGUGACGAACAAAAUGGCGUUUACCGGACCGCCCGCGCGCGAUCAGGUGGAAAAUGCCGGAAUGCUGCUGCUAGGAAAGAUCGACUGACUGCCGAGGUCCGCGGCCCUAAGUGGUUUGACGUUAAGAACGAGCUGAACGAGCAAGAAGGAGAGACAGAGAUAGACAAAGACGGAAGGAAAGAAAGAGGGAGACAGCCAGUAAGAGCGAGACAGAGAGGGAGGAGGAAGCGACUGAGAGAACCGUCGAGUAUGAGAGAAACAGAGAAACAUCGAGCCUAAAGGAAGGGAUGCGCGCGAUGGUAGGGGCUGAGGGAUGGUCAAAAGCAAAAGAGGGGAAACAUCCCACUAUUUUCCACUGUCCUCGGACGAUUUCGACUACCUUCGAUUGCUUUCGACUGUAAGCAGGGCCGUCUCGCAUUAUGUCUAAUACGGGUGGGAAUUUUCCCGCUGUUAGAAACAAACGUCGUAAACGUCCUUACGAAUCUUAUAAAUACUUUCAAGAUGUAUCUGCAUUUUCCGAAGAUACUUUCGAUGUCAAAGAUUGGAUUAAUAAAACAUUCAAAUCUGUCGAGGCACAAGAAAAUAAAGAUGCAUUUGUUUCAUCUUUGGUAAUGAAGUUGCAAUUAUAUGUGCAACAAGUUAAUGGUGCUUUAGAAGAGACUAGUCAAUCUGUUCUUUCAAGUUUGCCAAGGGUUUUAAGGGAUACACAGUUUUUACAACAAGAAGCUUUAGCUUUGAGAGAGAAAAUGAUUGCAGUUAAACAAGAAAUAGAAAAGGUUGAAAAAGAUACUGCUUCAUCAAUGGCAACAUUAGAAAAAAUAGAUAGAAUAAAAACAGAUUUACAAACUGCUAAACAAGGCUUACAUGAAGCUGAUAAUUGGACUGUACUUGCUAAUGAUGUUGAAGAGGUAUUUGAAUCAGGUGAUGUAGAAGCUAUUGCAAAUAAAUUAUUUAGUAUGCAAAAAUCAUUGGCUAUGCUUGUAAAUGUUAUUGAUUAUGAGGAUAAAAAAUUACAGUUAGAAGGAUUAAAAAAUCGAUUAGAAGCUAUAGCUAGUCCAAAAUUAGUUCAGGCAUUUACUGCUGCAAAUUUAGAACAAUCUAAAAUUUAUGUGGAUAUUUUUAAUAAAAUAGAACGUUUACCACAACUUCUUAAAUAUUAUCAUAAUUGUUUGAAAGUAUCAUUAGGACAAGAAUGGCGUCGCACUAUUGAAUUAGCUCAAGAUGAAAAUGUUUCUUACUGGUUACAUACUUAUUAUGAUAAAUUAUUAUCUAGUUGGAAUGAUCAGGUAAAAUGGUGUCAUCUUGUAUUUCCAAAUACUUCAAUUGAUAUCAUAAUUGAUGUAUAUGCUGAUCUUUUGAAAAGUUUGGAUCCAGGCAUUCCAGAAUGUAUAGAAUCAUUUUUAAAACAACAUACAAAUGCUAUGCAAUUGUCUUUGUUACUUGAACUUAAACAAAUUACAAAGCAUUUUGCAGUAAAUUUACAAGGUGCAAUUGAAACAUCAUCACAUGGAAAAUUUCAAAACUCAAAACUAUUAUCAUUAGCACAAGCAAUAUAUGCACCUUAUGUUACAUAUGUUGUAAAAUACAAUAUUUAUGAAACAGCUCAACUUGAACAUCAGUUACAAUCUAUGGGUUCUGCACAAGAUGAUUUAAGUGAUACAAUCAAUAUUCUUUCUCUUAGCAUUUCAAGAAUAAUGGAAUAUGCAAAUGAAGCCAAUAAAAGAUGUAAACUCUUCACAGAUGGUUGUGGUUAUCCUGGCUUAUUAAAAUCUUUGAUUAGUUAUUUUAAUAAAUAUCUUGAAAAAUAUCAAGCUGCUAUACGACAAUUAGAACGUAAAAAAGUAAAACAUGAAGAUUGGAAUUUAUUUCAAAUGUGUCUCACUUUAAUGCAGACUAUAGGUGAUCUUUUGGGACAUAUUCAACAAUUUGAAAAAUCAUUAAUAAUUGAUAUUAUUGAAGCUAAUAAUAAGCUACAAAAUACAUCUUGUAGUGUUUUCAUUCAGUAUAAAAAAUUACUUUUAAAUACAUCAAAUCAAACUGAAUUGGAGAAUUUGACUGCAUCUUUCCAAAAAGAAGAUGAAACAAUUCUGGAUUCAAUAAUGAAAUCUAUUAAUAAACUAUGUUCUGAUUUGCAUCGUGCAACAUAUGAAGUAAUUUUUGCUCCUAUAUUUACACAGUUGUUAUUAGUACAAAAAGCACCAGCAUGGUCAACAGAAGCCAAUAAAAUGAUUCAUUUAAGUGCAGAUUUACCUGAUUAUAGUUUUGCACCUCAAGAAUAUAUAACACAAGUUGGACAAUACUUAAUGACAUUACCACAACAUUUAGAGCCAUUUUUGCUUAGGGAAAAUCCAAGUCUUACCCAAGCCUUAAAAGCUGCAGAUCCACAAUAUACGCAAAGUUCUACUGAAUCUGGAUUUACCGAUAUUUUAUUAGAAAUUAUUACUAAAGAAACAUGUCAAAUGUUUCUAGAUCAAACAUUAGGAAUUUGUCAAUUAAAUUCUGCAGCAUGCAAACAACUUGCAACUGACAUAGAUUAUCUUGGUAAUGUUUUGGAAGAACUUGGUUUAUCUUUAUCAGAAAAUCUGCAACAUAUGUCUCUUUUAUUAAGGCUAUCACCAGAAGAUUAUCAGAACAGCAGUUCAGGAUGUAAUGCUAGACUUGUAGCUGCUGUUAGACAAAUGAGAAAUAUAACGUUUUCUGCCUAAAUAACAUGUAAUAAUUAUUAAGUAAAUGUAAUGAAUAUAGAAAUACUAUGUUGUACAUUAUGUAGCAUUAUGUUGUACAAAUAACAAUUAUAAUUUAUCUGUUUUAUGUAUAAAAAAUUUUUUAUAUAUUUAAGGAAGUGAUACUUGUACAAAAAGUGCGUUCAUAUUGUAUUAAUUACAUGCAAUAUCCAAAUUUAUA